UAUGAGUGAUUCAGAUGAUGAUAUUUUUAAAAAGAAGAAGCCAAGUAAAAAAAAAAUUGAAUAAUAACAAAAGUAAUAAGAAUAAUAAUUACUACUAUAACAAUAAAAAUAACUUAAACAAGAACUAAAUCAAACAGAAUAAUAAAUGAAUAAUCCAAAACAUCCUAAAUUAGUUAUCUAUUGUAGAAUAUGUACAUUCCCUGUUGAAUUUUGUUCAUUUUCUAAAACACCUAAAGAAUGCAAAGAAUGGUUAAAAACAUCAUUUAAUGAACUAUAUGCAAUUUUAUAUCCUGAAGAAUUUAAAUUAGAAUAAGAAAAAUAAGCUGCUCUUUUAGAAUAGCAAAGACUAAUAGCAUAACAUUAAUUAUUAUUUUAACCUUUAGGAAAAAAAAAGAGGAAUAAAACUAAAGUGAAAGAAAGUGAUAUGGUUUAUCUAAAAGUUAAAGAAAGAAAUAGAAAUAAAUUUAUAACCACUUUAUCAGGAUUAGAAAAACAUGGUAAUUAAAUUGCAUAUUUAAGGUCUUGAUAUCAAGGAAACUUCGAAAAAAAUUAGUAAAAAAUUUGGUUGUGGUUCCUCAAUCAAUGAAAAAGGAGCUAUUGAAUUACAAGGGGAUUUGACUGAAGAAUUAAUAGAGUGGCUUCCAAAAGAAUAUCCAAAUAUUAAAGAAGACAUGAUUGCAAUUAAAGAUAAAUGAG